GAGGUUGGCAAGCCUGAGUCGCGACCUGCUGUCGUUCUGCUCUUCAGUUGCGCAGAAGCAUCUCAAGAGGAAGGUGUGUGAUUGCGUGUGGACAACUGCUGCAUCCCAACGGCCGCUCGUUACGCUGAGCGGCGAUGGUGCGCCGGCUGGGCCCAGCGCACUACGUGGCGCCGUCGCCCGUGCACGGCCAGUCCGUCGCGCAUGCGCACUCGCACGGCCGCGCAGCCUCCACGGACGGCGAGGACAGCGCGCUGGGCGCCGCCCGGCCGCCCUCCGCCUUUUCCAUCUCGGGCGGGCAUCGGCCGCCUUCGGCCAUCUCCGGCGCUGGUCGGCCGUCGGCGGGGCGUUCCGGCACUGCUCGGCCUUCCCCUCGGGCGCCCAGCUUGCUCUCCGACCCGGAGGGCUCCGACAUCUACGUCACCAGCGCCGCCUACAGGGCGCCCUCGGAAAUUAGCCGUGGAUCACGCUACAGCCGGACCCCAUCCCGCCUCUCCCGGCCAGCCUCAGAGCUGUCACGAUCGACGGUGAAGACAUCACGCACUCAGCAGUCACGGGCAUCCCGUGUGUCGCGGCGUGGUGGGCUCGUCGUGGAGACGAUGGCAGCACCCAACCCAUUCUGCCCCAACACACGUGGCAUGUGCUGCCUCAUGCUGCUAAUCAACCUUGGAUUGAUACUCGUCACCCUUGGCUUCACAGUAGUUAUACAGUUCUUUGAACCACUGUUUGUGUGGAUCUUGGGGAUUGUAUUUUUGGUGUUUGGGUUUGCCACCCUGUUUGGAAGCCUGGUCUACUGUGUAUAUCUGUGCAGGGAUGCUAAACAUCCAAAAGAUGUAAACCUCGAAGAUCUCUACUGGACGCAUCACUGGCAAAAAUCGGUAGGCACGACAGAUGUCCGCAAGAGUGACCCAGACCGUUACAGCGACCGUUAUUCCGUUGGCAAGUACAGUGACAGGUACUGAAGAUGACAGAAGUGAUUACACUGUCGAGUAGCCUGAUGGAAACUGCGUGGUAGCUGUGGUGUGCAUGGUGUUGAGAAGAGGACACUGUUGUAUAACUUUUGGUGCUAAUGUAGUGUAGCAACUACAAUUAAAGUGUAAACUAACUAAGUGUAUUUUAAUCUAGCUGACUGUUACAUAAUAAUUUUGUUUCACUAAUGCCACACUGGCGUCAAUGAUGUAAUUCUCCCCUCUCCUCCUAAAAAAAGCCUGAAAGUUUACCUGUAUUGUCUUUAUUACAUAUGUCACUUGUAUUUGACUGUAACAAUGCUGGACUGUCACAUUUGCAGUGAUGCUUCGAUUGAUGUAGUUGGCUACUUUGAUGUUAUACUCGUGUUAUACAGACAAACAAUGAAACUGGCCACAAUUAUUAGUGAAUGACGAUACAAUCAUAGCUACAAGUGUAUGUGGAAGGCCAAAGAGCCUUGUUUAUUAAGACAGGAGCAGUACAGCCUAAAAGCAAUAAGUGUAAAAAAAGUAACCUCGGACCAUAUAGUGGAUGUUAUCGGAUGUGUUGAGAAAUAGGAUACAUACAGAAAUAAAAACUUAACACACACACACUAAUGGAGAGAAAACUAUACCUAGCUUUUGGAAAUGUUAACUCCUUGGGAGGGGGUGGGGGAGAGUUCCCAUCUGUUGUGAGGAUGAGAGGAAACAAAGCGAAGGAAAAGGAAUCAGAGAGAGAGAGAGAGAGAGAGAGAGAGAGAGAGAGAGAGAGAGAGAGAGAGUAGGAGGUCAAAGACAGAACUUUGGUAAGUGCCGAUAUCUAAUGUACUGUGUACUUCAGACAGAAAGUUGAAUAUGUACCGUGUAUCUAUAUUUCUUGUGGAGAUUACUUAAAACAUCUAUACUGCAGUGAGUAAGCCUGUUAUUUGCUACCCAAAAAGUUUCCAGUAAAUUCCUAUUUCAUUUUCACUUUAAUGUGACAGAUAAAAUAUCUCAUUCAAGAUAUUUUUAUGCAGAUUCUUUGUAUAUGUUUGUUCUCUGAUAAUAACUUCAUACUUGUGCAAAUAUUGUUACAAUAGACUUUUGGUUUACUAAAUCAUGACAGAUAAACAAAGCAAUCCUUUAAAAAUUCAUCCCUUUACUGGUAGGACUGAAUGUAGAUUCGCAGAAUGGGCCAGUGCUUAAAAUAUCCAUUUGAUAAAAGUUUACAAAAAAACUGAAAUAUUUUUAGUCACUCUUAAUAUUGCUGAAUAAAGUGUUAUGUUGAUAAUAUUAAAAUUCACCAUGUGGAAAUACAAAA